UAGAGGCAACUGCCAUCUCCCGGGCUUCCGGCCCAAUGCCUGGCAUGGACGCUCUCCAGGCGAUACUGGCCAGCUCAAGUCUCGUCAAGUCCAGCUCGGCCAUCAAGACUGCCUCCCCAGACUUGGCUGCUCCUGCUGCUACUGCUGCUUCGCCUACAAUUGACAAUGCUGGCCAUCAAGACGAGGCUGUGCUACGGCUCGUUGAGCUCAAAAAGUCACUUGAAGCAUGUGAUCAGAUCUUGGCGCGUGUACAAAAGGAUAUGGCUUCAUUUCAGACUGAUCUGGGUGCUGUCUCUGCAGACAUCCAAACCCUGCAGCAAAAAUCAGACCACCUCUCUGUGCGUUUGCAGCGCAGAAAAGAUGCUGAAGCCGUUAUUGGACCGGCAGUUGACCAGAGCAUCCUCUCACCCGUGCUCAUCAAGCAAAUUUUGGAGGCUCCCGUUGAUAAACAUUACCUCAAAUACAUUGAACAGCUCGAAAGCUUUAGUUUGCAUGAAAGCAAGCAGUCGCAGAUAGAGACGAGCUAUCCAGCUUCUGAGGUCGACAGCCUCUCCAAUGUUGCCGUUGCAAGGAUACGCGAUUACUUCGUCAAUCGCAUCAAGGCAUUGCGUGUGCCUCAAGCCAACGUUCAAAUCAUACAGCAAAGCGGUCUGCUCAAGGUGCGAAAGUUGUAUGAUUUUGUUGCGAGACAGCAUACAACUCUGUCAGAUGAACUCAUGCUAGCAUACUGUAUGACCAUGAGAUGGUACUACAAUGCCUCCUUUGACCGUUACCAGCGCGCAUUGACCAAGGUGCCGAUUCAUGCACUUGCCAAACAAGACUUGCUUGGGGCAGAGGAGGUAACACGUUCGAUGGGUGGCAUGUUCCAGAAAGCUCCUCAGGCACCGUCAGUCUCGACUUCUGUGUUGGCGCUCGGUACGCGCGCCAAGUAUCUGCACGACACCACAAGCGGCAUCAUCUUGGCGCACCUUGCCGAAACCAGCAAAGAGCCAUACUUUCUCGAACGCGUCUUUCGCUCCUAUGUCGUUGCCCUGAUUGAGAAUGCAUCAGUUGAGUACUUGUUUAUGCAAGAGUUCUUCAAGACGAAAGCACCGCGAGUCGUCUCAGACCAAUUCAGCAAAGUGAUGGAACCACUCCUACAGAGCGCCACUCAAUUUGUUACAAAAUUGAUUGACGGCUCGCUCGAUGCACUUGCUCUGCUGCUCUGCAUCCGUGUUGUUCAAAGCUGUGGCUUUGCGCUGCAAAAACGCAAAGUCGCCGGUCUUGGCGGAUUGCUCGAUGGCUUGCAAAUCACACUUUGGCCGAAACUCCAACAAGUCAUGGACCAACACGCUGCUGCACUUAAAAACGCACCUGUGAGUCUUGCUGCUGUUCAGGCGUCAGCCCGUGAACGCCAGCCACUGUCACUGACCCGCAAAUUUGCCGAAUUUUUGGCUGGUAUCCUUCAGCUUUGCCGAAGUAGCAGUAGUGGCGAUAGUGCUGGCAGUGCACCAGGCGCACAAGCAGAGGAACCCGUUCAGCACUCGCUUGAUCGGCUGUGCCAUGACUUUGAGGGGACUCUUGCACGCAUGGCUGCGGCGUGUGACCCCAAAGUACGGACGGCCUUUCUAUUUCGCAACUACUUGCAUGUCUCUACCACCAUUGAGCAAGCGACUGGUGCUAUGGCGGAGUCACACAAGGCACGCUUCAAGCAAGUGGUGGAUUCCCUUAAAACUUAAUUGUACACUAAGACAAGUUGACGAAAUUGAAGCUGGUGCUCCUGUGCGCCUACAAGACCGCCUCAUAGAGUGCGAACAGUAACGUGAUACUGCUGCCAAUGAUCAUGGUCUCCGUACCGACCGUCAUCUGGAUGAGUGCAAGCUCCUUGAUACCAAAGUACGAGGCCCAUGUCGUGUUGUAUGCAAGGUAGACCAACAGCAACUUGGCAACAGCGAAUGUCACAGGGUCAGCGACAUACGAAGCCUGUGUUGGCUUACGACCACGACGAGGUGUGCUGUCAGCGCGCAAGUUGAACAAAAUGGCCAAGAAGAAUGGAAUCAACUGGAAUGCGUACCACACCAGCACUGGCUUCCAGAAUUUAUCACCAAGGAGGAAAACAAAAACAUCUGGC